UCUCGUUCGCAAGUGCCGGUAUUCGGUUCGAGGUUCUUCAAUUUUUCGGCAAUUAUCCGUGCUACCCGCGCAAUCAAUUUUCCUGGCAAGAAGCUGCGGACAUGUUCACAUUAGUGUUUCUAGUGCUACUGGCAAUUAAGCACAGGAAUUAUGCCCUCGACGUUUCCUCCCCCUCGCCGAAAGGUUCCUCGAAGUCUGCGGCGAGUAGGGGGACAAUGAACGACAUUGUCUCGAAAAAUAUUACCAUGGUGCUCGAGAACCUCUUGAUGAAUUACGAAAACAAUCAGCUGCCCACUCACGGCAAGGGAAUACCCACAGUGGUGAAAACGAAUAUUUUGAUAAGAAGCAUGGGGCCCGUGUCCGAACUCGACAUGGACUAUUCGAUGGACUGUUACUUUCGACAAUCGUGGCGAGAUUCUCGUCUGAGCUUCCUAGGUCCGAUCAAGUCCUUGAGCCUCAGUAUCAAAAUGCUGGAACGUAUAUGGCGGCCGGAUACAUAUAUCUACAAUGGGAAACAUAGUUACGUGCACACCAUUACGGUGCCCAAUAAGUUAUUGAGAAUCUCACAGGACGGCGACAUUUUAUACUCCAUGAGGCUUACUAUAAAAGCAAAGUGCCCGAUGGAGCUCAGAAAUUUCCCCAUGGACCGGCAAUCGUGUCCAUUAAUUCUUGGAAGCUAUGCGUACACAUCGGGUCAAUUGGUGUACGAAUGGCAAGAAGGAUCUUCUGUAAACUUUGUACCUGGAAUGGCUCUGUCGCAAUUCGAUUUAAUGGGUUCGCCGUACCGAAAUCUAACUUAUUUUCGACGAGAGGGUGAGUUCUCGGUUCUCCAGGUCUCUUUCAACUUACAACGGAACACAGGGUAUUUUCUUAUUCAGGUUUACGUGCCCUGCGUCCUGAUAGUGGUGCUCAGCUGGGUGUCGUUCUGGAUCCAUCGCGAAGCGACCAGCGAUCGAGUCGGACUAGGUAUUACCACUGUGCUGACAUUGUCGACCAUCAGCCUCGACUCUAGGACCGAUUUACCGAAAGUCAGAUACGCCACUGCCCUCGACUGGUUUCUGUUGAUGAGUUUCGGCUACUGCAUUGCCACCCUUUUGGAAUUCGCCGGUGUACAUUAUUUCACGAAAGUUGGCAGUGGAGAAAUUCCAAUAGACGAGGAAGAUCUCGAGGACGACAUCGAAGUUAAUUACGAUGGAUUCUGCAGUAUCGGGCCCUGCAGCCCCCAGACGGUCAAUCCACCGACCAUAAUCGACGUACCUCGUCGUGGUAGCUCUCUAAUUUGCGACGUCUACGACAUGAAUGAGUCAAUGGCCUACGACAGAGGGUCGAUGACGGUGGCCGUCGCGUCUAGACCGUCAACGAUGGAACGUCAGACGCAAACGGAAGUGUGGAUACCAAAAUGGCGACAGUUUCUAUACUGUCUCGCUGGCGACGAGGCCUUCAGGAGACGCAGACAAAGGGAAGCCGCGGGGAACUGCAAGAAAAAGGGGGAGAAGAUAGCGAGACACAUAAAUAGCGUUUCCUACAUCGACAGAGUAGCAAGGGUAGUGUUCCCGACAUCCUUCGGGCUGUUGAACGUUUGCUAUUGGGUGAUCUAUGUCACGUACCAAGAAGAAUUCAAGUGGCAAGAUCCGCCGAUUGGAUCGAUCUCCCAUAAAUAACUUUAUUCUACCGCCAUAAAAGUUCUGUAAUAAAAUAAUAGUUACGAGAAAACUCGAUAAAACGUCGUCGUCCGAGG